UUAGAUUUAUAGGGAAUCAAGAGGGAAAACAAAAACAAAAUAUCAAUUUUCCUCGCUGGGUUCUAUUUUCUCGAGAAACAAACGGGAAGCGGAGAACGGAAAAAGGGAGAAUUUUGAUUUUCCAUACGAUUCGAAAUCCUUACGCCGUGUGGAAGAAAAUGGGAGCUUCGUCGUCGACACAGCAGGCCGGUUCGAGCGAGCAAAGAGAAGCGGAAAGCUUCGCAGCUUCUGUUGGAGCACUUCCUAUGCUCCAGAACUCCUUCCCGAAGCUUGCCGAUCCUCAAACCAGCGCGAUUCCUCUUGAAUCACUCCAGAAAUGCUUCGAUGUUAGUUGCGAAACCCCAGACUUCGAAUCAACUGAAGCGCCCGACCCAAGUUCGUUUCUGGGAGUUUUGAAUCAUCUGGGGAAGUCCUUAGUAGACGAAUUCUUCCUUGCUGAGAAGGAAGGGAUCAGUUGGAUUGAGUUUGUGAAAGGCUACGUGAAAUGCUGUGGAAGGAUGACUGCUUCGAUGUCACUCAACGUUCUGAUGAGACUGUUUGCUACGACGCUGGCGAGAUCUGGGUCUCCUUCGAAACUGGAGUUUGAGUCAAUGGAUGAUGGUGGUUAUAAGAUAAGUGGUUAUCUGUUACCAGCUGAUGUGCUCAUUCUGCUAUGGAUGUCUUGGACAAUGCUGUGGGAUUCAAAAACUUCGAAUGGGAAAGAGAGAAACCUAUUCCUUCCGGAUGUCAGUCAUCUGGCGUUGUCUGCUGUUGUUUCGUGUUGUGAUGGUCUUGAUGGAGUAGACUACUGGGAUUGUGAUUUAGCUGGUUUAGAAGUUCAACUUCCUGCUGGGAAGUUCCUUGCUUGGGCAUUGGCGACUGCUCCAAGCUUGACAGAUUGCUUGACUCAGUUCAUCAAUUCGAGGCUGCAGAAUGGUGGUUCUUCAGGGGAUGAGUCUGCACAAGGUACCUCGAAUGCUGGAGGGUCUGUAUCAUCGAAUGCACGCAGUUCUUAUCUCUUGACAUGUGGACGUGCAUGGGCGAUUUCUCUUUCUCUCAGGAGCGCGAUUAGUGUGGAAAUUCUAAAACCAUACUUCCCUAGUGAUGGUGAUCAAUCAGAUGAACACGUUCUCUAUCGGUCAUCUGUUCACGGCAAGGGCUUGAAUAGAUUCUGGUCUAAUGUUGAAGGUUAUCAUGGUCCAUUACUUAUCCUGGUGUCUGCUACUUCUGGAGAUACUCAUGGGGAUAACUCAACUGCAAAGAAAUGGACUAUAGGUGCUCUUACGCAGCAAGGGUUGGAGAACAAAGAGAGUUUUUAUGGAACCUCUGCAACUUUAUAUGCUAUCUGCCCUGUGUUCCAUGUAUUUCCACCUUCUGGAAAAGAGAAGAACUUUGUUUACAGCCACCUGCAUCAUGCUAGGGGAUACGAUCCACACCCAAAGCCUGCUGGAAUCGGGUUUGGUGGAUCAAUGGGGAACGAAAGGCUAUAUAUCGAUGAAGACUUUGCUAGGGUUACUGUACGUCACCAUGCAGUUGACAAGACUUACCAAAAUGGUCCCCUCUUCCCCAAUCAGGGGUUUCUCCCAGUUGAGGCUUUGAUUUCAGAAGUCGAGGUCUGGGGACUUGGUGGAGAGGCAGCAAGGUCAGUACAAACUUCAUACAAGAAACGGGAGGAGCUUUUCACUGAGCAGCGACGAAAGGUCGAUCUGAAGACUUUCUCGAACUGGGAAGAUUCACCGGAGAAGAUGAUGAUGGAUAUGAUGGGUGACCCUAACAGAGUUCGUCGAGAAGACCGCUGAAAACUGUAUCCCUCUCGUCAUUUUCCUUCAUGAUAGAUGAAGGAUUAGAGCAGCGACUGAUGGAAGAGGCAUCUUGUCCGGAUUUUGAGUUGUUUGUGUAUACAGAAUGCUGCUGAGAGAUGAGCCAUCUUGUCCAGAUUUUGAGUUUGUUUGUACAGAAUGAUGCUGAGAAUUUCGUCUUAAAACUUCAGUUGUACAGAGUGUUCCCUACUUAGUCUCACUUGGCUGUAUCUACAAUAAACACUAAUAAAGCCUCGUCUUCUCAUCGACAAAGCAAUUGCAGUAGUAAAGCCUCGUUCUCUUGUUGACAGAGCAAUUUAUUCAAUCAAUUAUAGGAUCAAUG